CUCUCACCCACUUGCCUGCCUCUGCCGUGUCUUUACCCACUGAACAGCCAUGAGAAGGCAGCUCCGGUCCAGAAGGGCUCUGGCCUUUCCUUACGGUUAUCGCUACAGACUUGAUGACCAGGAUGAAGUGAACCAGAACUACUUAGCAGAUGAAGAGGAGGAAGCAGAGGAAGAGGCCCAGGCGGUGAUAGUUCCUGAUAUGGAGGAGGAAGAAGAGGAAGAGAAAGAAGGGAAGGAAGAGGAGGAAAAGGAGGAGGAAGAGGGUCAGGCUCAACCCACAGGCAAUGCCUGGUGGCAGAAAUUGCAGAUCAUGAAUGAAUACCUGUGGGAUUCGGAGAGAAGGAUGUCUCUGGCCCGAACAGGUCAGAGUUGGAGCCUGAUCUUGGUCAUGUAUUUCUUCUUCUAUGCUUCCCUGGCUGCUGUGAUCACCCUCUGCAUGUACAUGCUAUUUCUGACCAUCAGUCCUUACAUACCGACCUUCACUGAGCAAGCGAAGUCUCCUGGCGUUAUGAUCAGACCCUUCGCCCAUAGUCUUAACUUCAACUUCAAUGUUUCUGAACCUGAUACUUGGCAGCAUUAUGUGAUUAGCCUAAAUGGUUUUCUUCAGGGUUACAAUGACAGUCUUCAAGAGGAAAUGAAUGUAGAUUGCCCUCCAGGGCAGUAUUUCAUCCAAGAUGGUGAUGAGGAUGAGGACAAGAAGGCUUGCCAAUUUAAGCGCUCUUUCUUGAAGAACUGCUCUGGUCUGGAGGACCCUACUUUUGGAUACUCAACUGGACAGCCCUGUAUCCUCCUAAAGAUGAACCGGAUUGUAGGCUUUCGUCCUGAGCUUGGAGAGCCUGUGAAGGUUUCCUGCAAAGUUCAGAGAGGUGAUGAAAACGACAUCCGAUCCAUCAAUUACUACCCAGAGUCGGCUUCUUUUGAUCUCCGCUACUACCCUUACUACGGCAAACUAACUCACGUUAACUACACCUCCCCCCUGGUGGCAAUGCACUUUACAGAUGUGGUGAAGAACCAAGCGGUGCCCGUGCAGUGCCAACUGAAAGGCAAAGGCAUCAUAAAUGAUGUCAUCAAUGAUCGUUUUGUGGGCAGGGUAAUCUUUACCCUGAACAUAGAAACCUAA